AUGCCAAUUGUUUUUCAAGUAACCUAUAGAAGUGAAACAAAUUGCCGUGAUGUUUUUUUUCCCUCUUCUUCUUCUUCUUCCGUUUGUGGAAAAACGACAAACAACUUUGCUUUGCGUCUGCACACGAAGCUGACGUCAGUGGGGAAGAAGAACAGGAUGGGCAGGCAAGGUGGGGGUGGACAGGUAAAGAACAAAACAAUGGUGAAGGAAGAGCAGAUAUUAGCCAAUCGGCCUGACAACACUGCCUUCACUCAGCAGAGGCUUCCGGCAUGGCAGCCUAUACUUUCAGCUGGCAUUGUCAUCCCAGGAUUUGUCCUCAUCGGCCUGACAUUCAUUGGCAUUGGCGUUGCUCUCUUUGUCACUUCAAAGAGCAUCCAGGAUAUGGAGAUUGACUACACUGGGGUUGAAACAGACUCAGAUUGCUACAAGUGCACCGACAAGGAUGUAAAGAACUGUGUGUGCCAGCUGGACUUUAACAUUCCCAGUUUAAUUGAGGGACCCGUGUUCUUUUAUUACGGUUUGUCCAACUACUUCCAGAACUACAGAAGGUACGGUGUGUCCAAAGAUGAUACCCAGCUGUCCGGAGACCUGGAUAACUUUAAGACUCCCAGUGACACCUGUUCACCCUAUGACACUGACGGUGGGAAACCAAUUGUACCAUGUGGAUCAGUAGCAAACAGCAUGUUUAAUGAUACCUUCAAGCUGUAUCGGCACGUCAAUGGGACAAAGAAGGAGGUGCCCUUCGAUGGCAAAGGGAUUGCUUGGUGGACAGAUUACAACGUCAAAUACAGAAACCCCGAUGUCAAGCCUCUGAAGGAUGCAUUUGAAGGUACGGUGAAGCCUCUAUUUUGGCCCAAACCUGCUUACGAUUUGGACCCCGCAGACCCGAACAACAAUGGCUUCAUCAAUCAAGAUUUCCUGGUGUGGAUGAGGAGGGCGGCCCUGCCAGAUUUCAGAAAGCUCUAUCGGAGAAUCUCUCAGGGUGAUUAUGCACGUGGUCUGCCAGCUGGAAACUACACCCUUGACAUUGACUACAACUAUCCUGUUAUGAGCUUUAAAGGGAAAAAGAAGGUGGUGUUCAGCAAUGUGUCCUGGAUGGGUGGCCGGAAUGAGUUCCUGGGCAUUGCCUACCUUGUGAUUGGUUCAUUGUGCAUCAUCAUGUCCAUAGUCAUGCUCAUUGUCUAUGCAAAAUUCAAGUUUCCUGAAGAAGACUGAGUCAUGGACUUCUGCUGGUUGAUUUUGUACAUUAUUAACAUGCUUUCGUUCUUCUUUUCCCCCCUUUAUGCUCAAUGGCAUGAUCAGGGCAUUGUACAUAGACAAAAAGGAAUAUAGAGCUAGACUCCAUAUGAACGAACACAUUUUAUUGUGGACAUGAAUAUGUAUCUCUAGGAUAAGAAAAAGCCUGGUAUUAGUUUUACAAAUUAAGUUUUGACACGUUUCCCUAAUAUCUGCAAAAUCAGAUGUUUUACUAUCGGAGUACAUUAGCUUGUAAGAACAUCUUGGAAAUGAGGCUCCUCUACAAAGUCAGGUUGAUUGCUAAAUAACAGCUCUAAGAGGGGUCUGUUACAUUUGUGCUUUUCAUCAUCACAAAAUGAACGACGUCCUUAAAUUAGGCAAAUAAUGUUUUAAGCCAUACAAUACUAGACAAUAAUGUAUACUUGAUUGUGUGAGAUGUGUAGUUAUAUUAGCUUGGAAAUAAUGCUGUAAAUUGUGAUUACUAUUAACUCAGGGAUCUGGUGUUUUGUAUAUGCAAGCUCAUGUUUUACUCAGACUGUGGUUUUAGACUUUUUACUUCAUGUUGAUAUUUAUUUAAUAAAACAUCAAAACUA